AUGGCGACUAAUAGGCCUGAUGUAUUAGAUCCUGCACUAAUGAGACCAGGACGUCUGGACUUUGACGCGAUUUGCCGUCUUUGCGAUGGAUUUAACGGCGCAGAUUUGCGAAAUGUUUGCACAGAGGCGGGUAUGUUUGCUAUCCGUGCUGAUCGUGAUUAUGUUAUAGAAGAAGAUUUCUUUAAGGCAGCAAGGAAGAUCGCAGAGAAUAAGAAAUUAGAGAGUAAACUUGACUACGAGAAUAUAUAA